AUGGCCAAGACAUGCGAGGAGCUCAGGGCAGAGAUCGAAGCUACGAAUGCGCAGCUGCAAGCGGCACAUGCUGCGAGGACGCAACUCCAGGCCGAGAUUGCUCAGGCAGUAGAGCGGCAGAGGCUACGACAAGAGCUCGAGGAACAGCAGCUGGAACUGUCCGUCGCCAGGAGUACAAACCGCCAGAUGAGAGGAGAGCGAGACGAUAUCGACGCAGACCGGAGGGAUUGCAACGAUUUGUCGACAUGUCCUGCUGCCGCCGCUUGCAGCGGGAAGACCGGCAUCAACCGUGCACGCUGCACGGGUGUCGGGCCCCGGAUCGCAAAAGGCGAAUAUGUGUGGGAACUCCAGCAGAUGUCUUGGCUCGACGUUACACUUCAAUUUCGCCCAGAAGCGCUUCGUCGUAUCAGCUCGCACAGUUUCGAAGUUGGUGGGUGCAGCUUCGAUUUUUUAUACCGCCCUGACAGAGGAGCGCUUCUCCUGACCAGCAAUAAGCACGGCUCGCUUGCCAUAAGGGUCGACUCAGAACAGGACAUCGCGUUUCGCUACAGCAUCUACAUCAAAAGGCGGGGUGGCGACUUCGUCCAGUGGGGCGAGACAGCCGAUGCGAGCCAUCAUGGCAGUGAUGACCCUUCUUUCACGGUCCACGGUCCUGACGUCCACCUCCGAGACUCGCCUUCCGGUGCAGUGGGAAUCUUCGGUCUCACCCACAGUCAGCUUUUGCAAUCGGAGUGGGUGGAGGAUGAUACUUUGACCGUGAAGUUCGUAUUAGAAGUGCGUCCUGACGUAUCUUAUCGAAUGCAGCAGUCUGUCACCCAGACGGCAGCAGUGGAGGUUCCCGAAGCCACCAUGAUUCGGGAUACGCAAGCACUGUUCGAGGAAGGCACUUGCAGUGAUGUUCAGUUCAGAGUACAGGGUGAAACGAUCCAGGCGCACUCGCAGAUUCUUUGUGCGAGAUCGGAGGUUUUCAGGAAGCAGCUGUCGGCCGGCAUGCAAGAGUCCGUCUCCGGAGUGAUCAACAUCGAGGACUGCGACGUGGGCACUUUCAAGGCCUUCCUGCGCUUUCUCUACACCGACCAAAUGCCCAGCACUGUCGAGCCUGGCGCCAAAACAGAGGACGAUGCUGGUGGCGCUUUGCAGACGCUAGCCUUGCUAGCCGUGAGUCACAAGUACCAGGCGACAAGGCUGCAGCUUUGGUGUGAGGCGCAGCUGUGCAACCAGCUCAGCACCUCGGAGGUUUGCGAGAUUCUCUGCCAGGCUCAUGUCUUCGAGGCGAAGCAGCUGGAGAAAGCCUGCUACACUUACAUCAAGGACCAGAUGGCCGAGGUGCUAAAGCUUCCCGCCUAUGCCGAGCUGGUGACCAAGUGGCCAGACAUCGGGAUGAAGGUCAGCCUUUUCAUGGGGGAUGUUCCGGAGACCGACGCAGAGGAGAUUCUGCAAGCUUCUAAGGAAGAGAGCCCAGGGCACAGAGGGCACAGAUCAGAGAUCGACCGGUCCUCGAGGCAUGCCAUCGCCUACUCGAACAUCGACGGCCAAGAGCAAGUGCACGAGACCAAGGCCCUGGCACCGAAGCUUCGGGAGAUCCUCCUUGUGACUUGUUCCGGGGAGGACUGUGAGACCAUGUCCAAUGAUGUCAUGCCGCAGAUCAUCCGCGUGAGAACACCGACCAAGGCCGCCAAGCCCCGGCUGUGCACAGGUUCUCCUUUCCAGGGGCCCGGCUUGGUUUGGGAUGGCUUCGACAAUUUGGCGCACCGUGUCGCCAACUCUGCGAGGCGGCUCUUUGGCUACACUCCGGCCGCGGACGAUGUCAGGCACGAGGAGGUCGCAAUGCCACUAGCAAACCACAAAAGUGAAGGCAUCAUGAAGUCUUACGUCUACUUCAACAACAAUGGUCACGAAGAGAUGAAGCAGAUCGAGUCGCACUGCAAGGAUGGCACCUGCGUUCAGAGGACGAGAACCUUUGCUCCACAUUCCAUGCAGGCGGCGACAACCGACCAGCAUGUUCACAAGGUCCAUGCAGGCGCUGGGCACUCUCCGCAAGCUCGCGCCGACAUCCAGCACAGCGCUCACCAGGCUACGGGCAUGCCCUACGAAGCCUAG